CUCCUCUUCCCUGACGUCCCCCGCACUCUUUCCCUUUCCCUCUCCCUCUCCCUUCCCCUCAUCUUGACUUCUCCAGAAUCAAAAAGAUGACUCACCGCGCCGACGCAUCCUCCUUCCUCGACAACCGAGGCUACACCGGCCCGCUGAUCCGCGGCGUCAACCCGGCGACGCUCUUCGAGAAGGCGGUCCGCGACCGCAUCACCGACUCCUACUACUGGAAGGAGCAAUGCUUCGGCCUGAACGCGGCCACCCUGUGCGACCGCGCCGUGGAUCUCACCUGCAUUGGCGGUGUGUACGGCGUGGCCGAGAAGCCCACCCCGUUCCUGUGCCUCGCCUUCAAGCUGCUCCAGCUCAACCCGGACCGCGACAUCAUCCUCGAGUAUCUGAACUUCACCGAUCCAGAAACAGAAGAUCCCCCGACCUACAACAACCCCAACAGGAAUAACGGCGGGAAUCACGAUGGGGGUGAUGAUGAUGAUGGAAGCGACGCGGUCGUCAAGGCGCGGGGCGACUUCAAGUACCUCCGCGCGCUGGCGGCGUUCUACGUGCGGCUGACCUUCCCCGCGGCGGACGUCUACAAGACCCUCGAGCCGCUGCUGCUGGAUUACCGGAAGCUGAAGCGCCGGGUGCGCGACUCGUUCACCCUGACGUAUGUGGAUCAGUUUGUCGAUGAGCUGUUGACCAAGGAUCGUGUCUGUGGUACGAGUCUGUGGAAGUUGCCGCCGCGGCAGCAGUUGGAGGAUUUGGAAUUGUUGGACGAGCGGGUGAGUCCGCUGCAGGCGGAGUUGGAGGAGAUGGAGAGGAGUGAUGAUGAGGACGACAAAGAGGAGGGUGAGGAGAAGGAUGAUUGAGGGAGGUCCUCUCUGAUUGCUGUCAUCGAUGGAUGCGCACGAAGGAAAGACUUUACACGCCUGGCUAGCUCUUGCAAGCUAAGUCGGCUGGCAGCCACGUGCGACUCGUAUAGGUCACCAAAUGGGUGCUCCGCGUUUAAGGAAUCCUGGCAAAGCUAGCCUGUGGCCCAGGUGCAUAUCCUGUGUCAGUGGGCAGGAGAUCGGUAUCGACCCUACCCUAAGGCCUGGCCGUGAGGAUCCGAGGGGUGAAACGCAUCGCAAAG